GGGUAGAGUCUCCGCGUUCGCUUUUGGAAGGCUAGCCCCGGAGCUCAUAGCAAGGCUGGGGCCGUGGAUUGGCUGUUCCGGGGCUCUGGAGCGCUUUCUCUGGGGAACCUGACUGUGACCGAGGUGGCCCGGGCCAGCUCCKGGCUGCGUGCGGCCCGCUUCAGGCAACCAGAGUGCCCACAAUGGGUACCCCAGCCUCUGUGGUGAGUGAGCCGCUCCCUUGGCAAGCCCCCAUUGAGGCCCGGGGUCGUAAGCAGGCCUCAGCCAACAUCUUCCAGGAUGCUGACCUGCUGCAGAUCCAGGGCCUGUUUCAGCGCAGUGGGGACCAUCUGGCCGAGGAGCGGGCCCAAAUCAUCUGGGAGUGUGCAGGGGACCACCGAGUGGUGGAGGCCCUAAGGAGGCUGCGCAGGAAGAGACCCCCAAGGCAGAAACCCCUGGCUCACUCAUUGCACCACUGCAGCAGGCUCAGCAGAAUCCCAGAGCCCUGCUCUCCACUGGCCAAUGCACAGAGCAGUUCCCCCGAGACAGCCUCCAGUGAGCAGCAUUGGAACUCCAGGAGGACAAGUGCCAGGAUCCGCCGGAACUGGAGGAAACCAAGCCCCACAGGCUACCUUCACCAGAUCAGACACUGAUCCCAGGCUGGGAAUGGCAAGACCUUCCCCAGGAAUCAUGGGAACUUUACCAAAGGCCUGGGAGGUGAAGUCGGAAGACCUGAGAUAGGCAGCCCUGCACAGAUAAAUGAAAGGAAGAGGCCACUGGCAUUAGCCUGCUCAACUCAGAACAGGACUGGAGGUUUCCCCUGGGCUCUACACCAUGUGAUACCCAUUCUUACCAGAGUGAGAAGACACAAACUGUUCCUGCCUCAGCCCUUCUUGAUCUAACACUAUAACCUGGCCUGCAUGAUAUUCUCUUGGAAAUCAAACAGGCACUCAGAUGCAGCACCUCACCAUGUCUGCCCUAAUCUGCUGGCUACUACUGUCACUCAUAGUCCAGCAGCCUGUCCUAAAUCCCUGAUGCUGUCAGGCCAGCAUAAGAAAACCAUGGUUUAAGCGGCAAAUAAAAACACUUGC